AUGGUGGUAUCAACAACAAUAGCUCUUUACGCAAGUCCACCAAGUACUGUAUGUUCCACAGCACACCAGAUCAAUUCUCAUAUCUCUUUCGAUCUCGAUCUAAACACAAGAUCUUCAUCUUCAUCUUCUUCAACAUCGUCUCCGACAAUCGGAGGUCUCUCUCUGCUUUUCUCCGGUGGAUCUAUCAAAUCAUCAUCUUCUUCUUCCUCAUCGCACCAAACCGAAGAACUAGCUUCAAUACGCCAUGAUCGAAGCGAAGAUCGGACUUUAAGUGGAUCAUUCUGUUAUUCACCGAGCAAAUUCAUUGGCUCUUCUUACCUUAAACGAGACCACCAAAGCCCUGUCUCUGUUCUUCACGGUCCGAUUUCAUCUAGUAAUAGUCCUCCGACGAUGAGAAUUUCAAGAGAUCGGCACUUAGAUGGACGUGUAGGAACUAGUAGAUUGUUCAAUGGUUUUGUAAGGAAAGCUUUAGGAUCUUGUGUUGAUUACGACACAGAUUCUGUUCUUGUUGAUGAACAGUUGCCAUUUACAAUGGAUGAUGAAGGAGAAAGAAGAUUACCAUAUGCUAGAGAUUUGCUUAGAAGAGCUCAAUUGAAACACAAAAUCUUCGAAGAUGAAUCGGUGAUUAAAGCGUUUUACGAAGCAGAGAAAGCUCAUAGAGGACAGAUGAGAGCAAAUGGUGAUCCUUACUUGCAACAUUGUGUUGAGACUGCAAUGUUGUUAGCUAACAUUGGAGCUAAUUCGACCGUUGUUGUAGCUGGGAUUUUACAUGAUACUUUAGAUGAUUCAUUCAUGAGCUAUGAUUAUAUUGUGAGAACUUUUGGAUCAGGAGUUGCUGAUCUUGUGGAAGGGGUGUCUAAGCUUAGCCAAUUAAGUAAACUUGCUCGGGAAAACAAUACUGCGUGUAAAACCGUUGAAGCAGAUCGUUUGCACACUAUGUUUCUUGCAAUGGCAGACGCGAGAGCGGUUCUUAUUAAGUUAGCUGAUCGGUUACAUAACAUGAUGACGCUUUACGCUUUGCCACCGGUUAAGCAGCAAAGGUUUGCUAAAGAGACUCUAGAGAUAUUUGCGCCUUUGGCUAAUCGAUUGGGAAUCUCUAGCUGGAAAGUUGAGCUUGAAAAUCUAUGUUUCAAGCAUCUUCAUCCUGACCAGCACCACGAGAUGUCCGGUAUGCUCGAGGAUUCGUUCGACGAAGCUAUGAUCACUUCUGCGAUUGAGAAAUUGGAGCACGCGCUUAAGAAAGAAGGCAUUUCGUACCAUGUUCUUUCUGGGAGGCAUAAGAGCUUGUAUAGUAUCUACUGCAAGAUGUUGAAGAAAAAGCUAACCAUGGAUGAAAUUCAUGACAUUCAUGGGUUACGUUUGAUUGUUGACAAUGAGAAAGAUUGUUACAAGGCCUUGGGAGUAGUUCACAAGCUAUGGUCUGAAGUUCCUGGAAAGAUGAAAGAUUACAUUUCUCACCCCAAGUUCAACGGGUACCAAUCUUUGCAUACUGUAGUGAAGGGCGAUGGAACCAUUCCGCUCGAAGUUCAAAUACGUACAAAGGAGAUGCAUUUGCAAGCUGAAUUUGGGUUUGCAGCUCACUGGAGAUACAAGGAAGGUGAUUGUAAGCACUCAUCAUUUGUGCUUCAGAUGGUUGAAUGGGCAAGAUGGGUUGUGACCUGGCAUUGUGAAACCAUGAGUAAAGAUAGAUCCUCGAUCUGCUCUUCCGAGCCCUUGUGUAGUUUCCCGUCUCACGCUGAAGACUGUCCGUUUUCUUAUAAGCCUAAUGGUAACCAAGAAGGACCAGUCUAUGUGAUUGUAAUCGAAAACGACAAGAUGACCGUGCAAGAGUUUCCAGCGAGUUCCACAUUCUCUGACCUUUUAAGCAGAGCAGGACCAGGAAGCUCGAGAUGGUCAAUGUACAGCAUCCCGGCAAAAGAAGAGCUAAGGCCAAGGCUAAACCAGACACCUGUAAGUGAUCUGAAAUGCAAGCUGAAGAUGGGAGAUGUAGUGGAGCUGACUCCAGCCAUACCUGACAAGUCUCUGACUGAAUACAGAGAAGAGAUUCAGCGGAUGUAUGAUCGAGGGCUCGCUUUUUCUCGACCUCACCGUGCAGCUGCUGGUACCAUGGUUGGCUGGGGAAGCUAA